AACACACCUGUUUUAUAAUUGGCUAACAAUUUAAUAACGGUGGUUUCUAUCCUUAGCAACCAACAGUAGGUGCAAACACCAUAAAGCAAUGGUUUAGAUUGUAAUCUUCAUUGUCCAAGAAAUAAAAGAAGCAAGAAGCACAGCCGAAACAACUUUUUUUUUGUUCUGAAGAAAAUUGUGAACAAGAAUAUUUUGUUGGAUUUUUAUUAUUACAUGCAAUAGGCUAGGUGUGCACAGAAACCUAUUUCCAAGACAUUUGCUACAGACGUAUAAAAUCGUGAAAAUUCCAAAAUGACUACCAUUGCUUUUGGUGGUGGACCUACUGUGGAACAGAGAAGAAAUUUUGCUGCAUUAAAAGAGGGAACGCAAGUACCUGGAUACAAAGGCUAUGUACCACAGUUGAAGUAUAGAGUUGGCAAAACAUAUGGUACAGAUACGCAUAGACUUUUAGUUGAAAACUCUCCUAAUGCUAGAAAUACAUUUACUCUAACAGAGCCUAUUGAUAUUCCUACAUUGAGAAAUACAUUACCUAAAUCUAAUGGAGAAAAUAAAUAUACAGAAAAAAUGGUGGCUGGUUACACAGGUUACAUACCCAGAAUGCCAUUUAAAUUUGGUGGUACCUAUAAAGAAGACUGUGACAGUUGUAUUGAUGAAUUUAUGAGCAGCACUCAAACCCAUGACUUGAAAUUACAAGAUUUAAAAAGACAAAUGCGUAGUUAUCCACGUUUAACAGCAAUAUCUUAUGAUCCUGAUGUUCGAGAUAAACUUAAUAAAUAUAGAGAUGACCAUUCUACUGUUGUGGAAGUAAAAAGACCAUUAGAUGAAGCACCAAUUCCUGGUUAUCAAGGUUAUGUACCUAGAAUAGGAACUACAGAGAUUGGUCUAGGUCAGAGAUUUCAUGAAAGUACUAAAUUAGGUUUUGAACAAUUUAUCAAUGAAACAAGAAGACAUGGUAACUUAUCUAAAGCUGAACCUAUAUCAAUUGACAGACCAGUAACAUCUAAUGCACCACGUAGUGCCCCAUUGUUUGGAAGGAGAUUAUAUGCCAAUGAUGGUAUGAUACCAAACUAUACUGGAUAUAUACCUCAGAGAAGAUAUGCGUUUGGUAAUACAUAUGGUGAUACUACAAGAUCUUUAGAGGUAUGCAGACAUCCUGACACAACUUAUGCUGAAUACACAAAAAGAGUCAGUUUUAAAUAAAACAGUUAAAUGUAGGUCCUAAAACUAGUGAAAUAAUGAUAUUUAUAAUAAAAAACUUGAAUAUAAAGUUAAACUUAUGUUAUAUUAGUUUGUACUAUAACUGUCUCACCAAAGGUCAAAUUGCAAACUUAAAUAGACACAUUAAACAUUUAUUAUUGCCUUUAUAGCAUCAUUUUAUGCCUUAUUGAGAUAAAAUUGAUCAUUAUUAUCAUUGUAAUUAUAUCAUUUGUUACUCUUCAUGUUUUAAGUGCUGUACAGUUACCACAAAUGGCAUAUUUCUUUCCAUAGUUCCUAAAUGCAAAAAAUCUAUAUCUAAGUUUCAGUCAUAUAUCAGUGGGUUAGCUAUAAGAUAUAGCACUGUGUUUCACUGGCUAUAGACCUCUCAGAUGGUUAGUAAGGCGAACCUAUUGCCUGAUGAAAGAAGAUAAAAUGCCUUCAGAUGAUAAUAUUGAAUUAGUUAAUUGAAGUUAUUUACUAAUUAUUACUGUGAUAAUUAUCUUUUAUUCUAAUUGUUAAUAAUUUGAAUUAGCUUAAUAACAUGUUAAAUGACAUAACAACUGUGAUAGAUUUUUUUAUAUUUUACAAUUAUUUUGUUUGUAUAUUUUGCUUGUUUUGUUUUUGUAUUAUUUUAUCAUUUUAUAUAAACAUUAAUGUUCAUUUUGCAUAAACCAAAGUUUUUUAUCAGAGCAUUGAUUUAGCAUUAUUUUUGGAUUUUCUGCUGUGUGCUUUAAGCAUAUCGAGACUUAACCUAUGCAAAUGGAAACAUUGGAAGUCGAUCUGGCCAUUCAGGAAACUGCAAUGUUGUUUGAAUAAAUUUGGAUUUCCCUUUUGAUCAUCCAUAACAUAAUAUACAACUGCCUAAUAUUGGUGAUAUGUUUCUUCAUUCAAGUAGUCAUUGUUUUGAUAGUUGCUCCUUUAAUGAAAAUAAAAUUUGGAAUUGUU